AAUUCACGUCGAAAAUUGAAAUCCCUAUAUAAACAUACGGUCUAAACUUUCUCUUCCAUUCUCUCUCUAAAAUUCAAAUUCUUUCACACCGAUCCAAUUUCAAAUCCAAACCCUAUUCUCUCUCUCUUUCACUCGCAGCUCCAUAGCAACAACAAUGAGGAAAGGCGCUAAGCGAAAGGCCGCCACCAAAGACGCUGCCGACGCCUCCAAAGCUUUGUCUUCUUCGCUGGACAACCACAAGGAGGAGGAGGAGCAGCCGAAGCAGCAGCCAACCAAAGGUUCUCGAGCCAAGCGCGUCAAGGACGCCAAGCGGGAAGCCGAACCAGAGUACUUCGAAGAUCAGCGGAGCCUGGAAGAUCUGUGGAAGGUGGCUUUUCCUGUCGGAACAGAGUGGGAUCAAUUGGAUUCAGUCUACCAAUUCAAGUGGGACUUCUCAAAUCUAGAAAAUGCAUUUGAAGAAGGGGGGAAGCUCCAUGGGGAGAAAGUUUAUCUUUUUGGCUGUACAGAGCCUCAGUUGGUCCCAUACAAGGGGGAAAACAAACUCAUCUGCAUACCUGUAGUGGUGGCUGUUGUGUCUCCUUUCCCACCUUCUGAUAAGAUAGGGAUUAACUCAGUUCAAAGAGAGGCUGAAGAAAUCAUUCCCAUGAAAGAAAUGAAAAUGGACUGGGUUCCAUAUAUUCCUCUAGAGAAAAGAGACAUGCAAGUGGAGAGGCUGAAAUCUCAAAUAUUUAUCUUGGGCUGCACUCAGAGAAGGAGUGCUUUGAGACAUUUGAAGUUAGACCGCCUUAAGAAAUAUGAAUACUGCUUGCCUUAUUUUUACCAGCCGUUCAAAGAAGAUGAAUUUGAACAAAGUACUGAAGUUCAAAUUAUGUACCCACUUGAACCACCAGUUGUUUGUUCAUUUGAUUGGGAAAUGGAUGAACUUGAGGAGUUCACUGAUGAUUUGGUAAAGGAUGAGGCAUUAACUGAAGAUCAGAAGGACGCCUUUAAGGAGUUUGUAAAGGAGAAAGUUCGGGAAGCAAAGAAAGCCAAUCGAGAGGCAAGGGAAGCCCGAAAAAAGGCCAUUGAGGAAAUGAGUGAGGAGACUAAAGCAGCGUUCGAGAAGAUGAGGUUUUACAAGUUCUAUCCCGUCCAAACACCUGAUACCCCAGAUAUAUCAAAUGUGAAGGCUCCAUUCAUAAACAGAUAUUACGGAAGGGCCCACGAGGUUCUAUAAUCAAGCUCACUGCACUAUAUUAUUCGAUAGAUGCUCGAAAUCUGAUUCACUCAAUCGACAAUUUUGAUUAUCCUAUGACUCAAAUUAUGUAGCACGCACAUCAUGCGCUGACACAUUGUUUCUGCAUCAAUCUAGGUAUUGCAGGCAAAAUACUUGUAAACUUUUAGUAUUAGAGUUUUCAGAUAAUCAAUUUAGAUAUUCAAGUUAGUAUCGCGGAAAUCUGUAAGAUACAAUAUUGAGUAAUUGUUGUUCGAGAGUCUGUUCGGAAGAGUUAACUUUUCCAGCACUUUAGUAAUUGUUGUUCAGAUAUGGAGCACCUUUUGUUUUAUUAGUAUUUAGUAUGAUGAAAACAUUGACAAUUCUUAUAAAAUAAACCUAUCCCGUAUAAUUGGGAUAUAUUUUCAGAGAA